CCUCCGUCUGAAUGGAGCGCGCCGUGCGUAAAGUCCGAGCCGCAGCCCAGCGCCGCUUGCCGCGGUUUCUUCCUCGCGCGUUCCGGCCAUUUACGUGCUAGCCAUGACGCGGGAGGAGGACCUCAUCCGGAUGGCCAGGAAGCUGGAAAAGAUGGUGGCUCGGAAUAACACGGAAGGCGCCAUCGACCUGCUGAAGGAGCUCAAAAGUUUCAAUAUGACCCUCAAACUACUUCAGGAAACGCGGAUCGGCAUGUCUGUGAAUAGCAUCAGGAAGCACUGCCCAGACGAGGAGGUCAUCGCCUUGGCAAAAGUCCUCGUGAAGGAGUGGAAAAGACUUUUGGGUACGUCCCGCCGGGCCGCGCCGCGGAUCGCGCGCGCGGGUACGAUUUUUCCCCCCCCUGACGGCACGCCGGCGCACACACACACACACACACCACACACACACACACACGCAGACUCCGGCCGACCUCAAACGGAAAAAGCGGCGGAAGAGGAGGAGAAGAAGAACGUUUCGGAGUCCGGGAAAGCGGCGCCGUCCCCGAACAGCUCACCCAGGAGAUUGGACGGCAAACAGAGACAUGAUUCAGUGCCCGAUCCAGAUCAGUCCGUUAGAGACAGGAAUGAAAAACGUACUGCGCAGAUCAAAAAUAAAAACGGCCUCGGAGAGAAAGAAAAGCACCCGCGUAAGAAACACCUCAAAGAAAAAGUUGGAGAAGAAGGGAAAAAUCCGACAGAAGCCGAAAACAACCAUCUUGAGAAAAGACAGAACCACGUAGAAGAUCGCCUCAAGGAGACCAGGAAGUUCAGUGACUUCAAACCCAAAGAGGAGAGCAGAACUGAGAGGCUGAUGAACGCAGCACCAGAAGAACCCGCGAGGGAGACCUGCAGGCUUCGCCCUGCAGGUGUGCAAAAGCCGUUUUUCGAAAGGAGAGGAGUUCUGGACAGCAGCGUUCUGUACCCCACCCGCUUCCCCUCGCCUCCUCGACCCGCGCGUCCGCCGCCCCCCGCCGUCAAGCGCCCGUCGGCGGACGUGAAAGGAGAGAGGAAGGAUGGCAAAGACUCCCCGCUUGGACGCUCUCCCGCUUCGGGGCUGACCUCCCCCAAGGCUAAGCGCCCUUCACUGGACUCCGACAAAGAGAGGAACGCUCCCAAAGACCCGAACGCCGCGUGGGCCCCGCUUCCUUUUCUCCUUCGUCCCCCGCCGCCGAGAAACGAGCCCCCGGACCCAAACGCUCCUCUGCCUCCGCUGCCUCUCCAUCUUCACCCCCCGCCCGCUCCCAGGCGACCCCCGCCGGCUGGGAGAAAGGAGAGGAAGGACGCCGCAGACCCUAAAAUAGCCUCCCCGAAGAAAUCAGAACACGUGAAAAGAGACAGGAAAGACAGUUUGGAUAGCAAAGUGGCUAAAAAACAAGCCGUGGUGGAAGCCAAGAAAGAAAGGAAGAACUCUCUUGACUCCAAAUUGAGCCAGCCAGUGAAACAACAGCAUUCGCCUGACACGAAAGCCGACAGGCGGGGGUCGGACUCAAAGCGGGGCGUUUCACCUCCGGCCAAGAAGCUAACGUCUGAAAGGCGAGAGUCUCAAGGCUCAAAGGCCCCCCAGCCUGGACCGCCGCAAAGGAAGCCAUCCACUGACCACAAUGGAAGAAAGGGCAAAACCGAAGCCCCGAAAACUCCAACCACCCCCACCAGCCCCACGUCACCUGGUUUCACAGCCGCCGGAGACCCGCUGCCGCCACACCUGACCACCGGCGACUCCGUCCGAGACAAGUGCAUCGAGAUGCUGGCCGCCGCCCUGCGCACAGACAAUGACUACAAAGACUUUGGAACAAACUGCGACGGCAUGGCGGCAGAGAUCGAAGCUCGCAUCUUCCAGGAGAUCAAGGCCACCGACAUGAAAUACAAGAACCGAGUGAGGAGCCGCAUCAGUAACCUGAAGGACCCCAAGAACCCUGGCCUGCGCAGGAACGUUCUCGCCGGAAGCAUCGAUUUGAGCCGCAUUGCCACUAUGAGCGCUGAGGAAAUGGCGAGCGACGAGCUGAAACAACUGAGGAACGUCCUCACCCAGGAGGCCAUCAGGGAGCACCAGAUGGCCAAAACCGGGGGGACCACCACCGACCUGCUGCAGUGCGGGAAGUGCAAAAGGAAGAAUUGCACCUACAAUCAGGUGCAGACGCGCAGCGCUGACGAGCCCAUGACAACGUUUGUCCUGUGCAACGAGUGUGGAAACCGCUGGAAGUUCUGCUGAUGCCUCACUGAUGAAACGUUUUUUUUUUUUUAAAUAAUGGGAGAUUUAUCAAUGUAGUUGAUUUCAAAUAUUUUGCAUUUCUACAAUUUUCACUUGAAUUUUUCCGUUUUGUUUUUUUAAGGCAUGCUGAUCACGAAAGUUCGAUUUAUGCGAAAUUGAAGACCGAGCGCGGAUAAAAAUGUCCCCGUCAUUUAAGUAUGAUCAGAGCACACAAUGUGAAUAAAAUAUGAUCAUCUGCGAUUAGGUUUGAUCCCAAAAUGUUCUCCAAUGUUCCGCAGUGUUGUCAUGAAGGAAAUCCUUCACCAGUAAGUGAUGAUGGUUGUCUCUGCUGUCAGAUUUAUUAAAACCAC